UUUUACUUUUUUUCUUCAACCAGAUGCACUCUAGCCGAAACCCCUAAAACCUCCCCUCUUCGCGCAGCGUCGCAGGCCGCACAGCUCCGUGACCGACAAUGGAAGAAAGCAGCUUUCAAUUCGAGCCGCCAAGCGACGAAGAACUGGAGCAUGGCCACGACGAACACGAAGAAGAAGACGAAGAGGACAAAGAGCAAGAAACACUAGGCCAUCGCAAAACGCAAUCGCCAUGGGACUUUGCUUCCUACUCCGAAUCAGUGGAGCAAGAGCACGCCCGCCGGAGCACUACUUCGAUCGAUUUUAAGAUCUCGAAGGCGCUCCAGCAAUGCCCCACGCCAACCGCCAUCGCCGCCCUGGGCGAAGACGGCUCCGAUUCCGAACCGGACCGCCAAGAGGAUUAUAGACCAGAGGACGGUGAUGAUGCGGCCAACGCUACCGGCGGCGACUGUAAGUCGUUCUUUGCGUCCUCAGAAGGAGCUUCCUUCCACGCGAAUUCAUUCCUGGAGCUUAAUCUGUCUAGGCCACUGCUUCGAGCUUGCGAAACUUUGGGCUAUGCUAAGCCUACACCAAUUCAGGCAGCUUGUAUACCGCUCGCAUUAACAGGGCGUGAUAUAUGUGGGAGUGCUAUUACUGGUUCUGGAAAGACUGCUGCUUUUGCCUUGCCUACUCUGGAGAGAUUAUUGUACCGUCCAAAACGUGCUCCAGCUAUUAGGGUUCUUAUCCUUACUCCAACGAGGGAGUUAGCUGUGCAGGUUCAUAGCAUGGUACAGAAACUUGCUCAAUUUACUGACAUAAGAUGCUGUCUGGUAGUAGGUGGAUUAUCAACAAAGACGCAAGAGGCUGCAUUGAGGUCGAUGCCAGAUGUUGUUGUGGCAACUCCAGGACGUAUGAUAGAUCAUUUGCGCAAUUCUAUGUCUAUAGAUUUGGAUGAUCUUGCAGUUCUGAUCCUUGAUGAGGCAGAUCGCCUUCUAGAGCUUGGAUUUAAUGCUGAAAUUAAUGAGCUGGUUAGACUUUGCCCUAAACGGAGACAGACCAUGCUGUUUUCUGCUACUAUGACAGAAGAAGUUGACGAACUUAUCAAGCUUUCCCUGACCCGGCCACUGCGCCUCUCUGCUGAUCCUUCUGCAAAAAGACCAGCAACAUUGAUUGAGGAGGUGGUGAGGAUACGCCGAAUGCGUGAAGUGAAUCAAGAGGCGGUUCUUCUUGCUCUGUGCUCCAAGACUUUCACAUCCAAAGUGAUAAUUUUCAGUGGAACAAAGCAAGCUGCGCAUAGAUUGAAGAUUUUGUUUGGAUUGGCUGGGUUCAAAGCUUCUGAAUUGCACGGAAAUCUUACUCAAGCCCAGCGUCUUGAUGCAUUGGAACUUUUCAGGAAGCAGCAAGUCGAUUUUCUGAUUGCAACUGAUGUUGCUGCUCGUGGACUCGACAUUAUUGGUGUUCAAACAGUUGUAAACUUUGCAUGUCCCCGGGACCUUACGAGUUAUGUUCAUCGAGUAGGUCGCACAGCAAGAGCUGGUAGAGAAGGAUAUGCUGUUACAUUGCUCACAGAUAAUGAUCGGUCUCUCUUGAAAGCCAUUGCAAAGAGAGCUGGUUCAAAGCUGAAGAGCCGGAUUGUUGCAGAGCAAUCUGUAACAAAAUGGUCUCAAAUAAUUGAGCAAAUGGAAGAUCAAGUGGCUGCAAUUCUUCAGGAAGAGAGGGAAGAGAUGGCCCUAAGAAAAGCGGAAAUGGAGGCUACGAAGGCAGAAAAUAUGAUUGCGCAUAGAGAUGAAAUCUUUUCACGCCCUAAAAGGACCUGGUUUGUAACAGAAAAGGAGAAAAAACUUGUAGCUAAGGCAGCAAAGGCAUCUGUUGGAAAUGGUAAAGGCUCUGAAACUGAGGUUGUUAGUGCCCAGCAAGCUGAAGACCUUAAGAUGAAGGAAAAGAGAAAGCGGGAGCGAGAGAAAAAUCUUCCAAGAAAGAAGAGGAGGAAACUUGAAGCUGCUAGGGAGCAAUUGGAAGAUGAAAAUGACAAUGUAGAGUCAGAAGGUACUGGCAAAGGUAAGAAAGAUAAAGCUGGCAUUUCCCUUGUUGACCUAGCUUAUCGACGGGCAAAGGCUGCAAAGGCUGUGAAGAAGUUGGCAGACGCUGGCAAGAUUGUUAAAACAAAGAGCCAAAAAACAAAACGUCUUUCAAAAGUAAAUCAGUCAAGGACAGAGGAGAUGAAGGAAAUGUUUCAGAGUGAUAUGAGUGAGAAGAAGCAAAAAAGAAACCUCCGAGGAGGUGGAAAGAAAAAAUCCUCAUUUAAGAGCAAGUCAAGGUACAAGCGGAGAUAGCAUCUCCAAAGUGCGAUAUGGGUUGAUACCUUCGGAAGUGGAGCUGUUGGAAAGAAGAGUUCAGUAUUGUAUUGUUGCAAGAGAGAAGGAAAGCACCAUUGAGAAGGCAUAUAUCU